AUGUCCUGUCCAGCACAGCAAGGACAGCCCUCCGAAGGAUUCGCGAAGGAGAGACUCAACACGGUCAGGGUGUACAAACAACGGGGUCGUUAUGAUUAUGGCACAGUGCACUCCAUAACGGACUCGACACUGGUCUCUCAUGUUGCCUUCAUCAUCAAAGACGAGGAUGGCGAAGACACACCGGUAAACCUGCCAUUGACAUGCGUGCUGGGUAGAUAUAAUCCUAGUGCCGACUAUUCCACAAUAGACGAUGCACAGCUUCGUACUGAGAAAAACAAGUCACUUGUGGAUGGGCCAGUAGAGGCCUAUUUACAUGGCAAUGCCGCUUCUCUGUUGUACAAAGCAAUAAAAGCCAGCGACGAGAAUGGUGUGCGAGUGUGUAUUACUUCCACAAAAGUGGAUGGCGUUGUCCUUUUCCUAACACCGAACGGACACUCGUUGAACUAUCGAUCUGCGGUGCUACAUGGCACGGCGAGGCUAGUGCCAAAUAGCAACGCAGAGAAAAAGAGGUGGGCAAUGCGCCUAUUGACAAAUCAUAUGUGGCAAGACCGAUGGGAUGGAACAUAUUCAGUUGCCCAAUCGGCCAUUCAAGGCGUGCAGGUGAUAGAAGUGAGCAUUCGCACUGCAAGUGCCAAAGUUCGAGCUGCAAACAUUGGCGACUUCGACCCGGCUAUCGUUCUAGGGCAAUCACCAGGCUGGCAACAAAAGGCCGUCUGGUCGGGACUCGUACCGGUCUAUGAAACCUUUGGCGAGCCGGUCCCGAGUGGAGUGAUGGAUGGCGUGGAGACAAAGAGAGCUGAAGACGAAUUGUCUCAGGUGGAGAAAUGGCGCUUGGAAAGAAAUAAGCAGUCAAAAACAUAUGCCGAAGCUGCUGCUGCGGCCAGCUCGGUUGAACAGGAUAUGAGGGAGAGGGUCGAGAAAUGGAACGACUCUCUCUCUCUCUAG